CUUCCAUGUUCCAAACCCUACAAGUUUGACGGAGAGCGAGGCGGCGGCCGUUUCCUCCUCUGGUAGGUUCAAUCUCUUUACGCCCGGCCGUUCCGGGGAUCGUUGCCCAGGGGGCGCUAGGGUCGGCGGCGCGGAGGGGAGCACGGCCUUUCCACAUGGCUACGCCACUUAUAGCAGGACUUGCAGUUGCAGCAGCUGCGCUUGCCGGUAGAUAUAGCAUCCAAGCUUGGCAAGCUUAUAAGGCAAGGCCUAUAGUUCCAAGGAUGCGCAGAUUCUAUGAAGGUGGUUUUCAAUCUACGAUGACCCGAAGAGAAGCUGCUUUAAUCCUUGGUGUCAGGGAAACUGCCAAUGCAGAGAAGGUCAAAGAGGCGCACAAAAGGGUCAUGGUCGCCAAUCAUCCGGAUGCGGGUGGAAGUCAUUACCUAGCUUCAAAGAUUAAUGAGGCAAAGGAUGUAAUGACGGGGAAAACAAAAGGAGCUGGGUCAGCCUUUUGAUUGGAGAAUUGUGCUCUCACUGAAAGGAUAAAUUUUGUACCUCCAGACUCAGGCAUUAGAAGAUAGAAAUCUUGGUGUGUUGUGAAAAAUUCUGGACAAAGAAUAUUGGGCCUUUUUGGAGUAGGUUAUUCACUAUUUAAUAAUAAUCAAGUCUCAAUUGUGCCCCUUGUAUGUAGUAACUGAUUUCAAUACAUGGUGAAGGUGCCGUUUGCCAAUUCUA